GCACCUUCUUACGGCAGGACUGUUUCCGGGUCCCUGCACGCCUCAGAAUCUGUGUCGAAUCCGGCUACCUCAUCCAGGUACAGCGCGGCGGGCACUCGGUUUGGUUUGACGCCUCGAAGCAGUUCGGAUCACGUUCCAACAGCCAUCAGCUACUCCGGUUCGGACAGAUUCCGAGCUUCAAGUAGUAAACGGUCAAUGACUCCACUGAAGGAUGACGUAGUUUCAUGUGUACCAACGUCGCGUGGAGAAGGGCCUGUGCGGAACGAUGUUUCUUCGCGAAAGACCGAGGCCAACCUGAAGACGUGCGAGAAAUCUGACACUGCCAACAGUCAGUCUUAUAACGAUCGAGCGGGUGAUGAGGAGGAGGCGCAGGAAGAGGAGGAGGAGGAGGAGGAGGAGGAGGAGGAGGACGAAGAGGAAGAGGAAGAAGAGGAGGAGGAGGAAGAGACAGAGGCGGAGGAAGUUGAAACUGUGACGGUUGUAACACGAGGAACGUCGCCUUCGUCAUCAGCCGCAUCGUCUUACGUUCGAACUCGAAGAGCUGACACUGCCAAAAUGAUAGAGAAAGAGAUAACCAGGCCGAAGCGGCGGCCCGAGAUGAAGGACGAAGAGAUGCAGUCCGACCGGAUGGACGAUACGGCGAGAUUUUCACGGUAUGGAGGGGGCAGAGUUACGGUGACCCCGUGGACCUCGUACCUGGGGAAGUAUUCGCCAAAUUCGUCAAACUCCUCCGGCUACACGUCACGAAGUUACGGCACCGGGAGUGCGUCGUCUUCUCUACCCUCCAGGAUCGGUGGAUUCGGAUUUUCGAGGUCAGCCGACGGUCGAGUCGCGUCGCCAAGUGUCGGCCAAGAGGCUCAAAAAGUGCCAAAUGAUUCUAGUGCCAAAGUACAAAGUAGCGAACAGCGCCCUAGCAGUAUUACCAAGCCCUCGUCUCCGCACGGGCCUAGUCACUUUAAUUCUACAACAAACGUUGCGAGGACCACCGUGUCCGUUCCCAGUUGCGAAGAAUCCUCCGCAAAGGCGGACGGGCUUAGCUCUGGUUUGCAGAGUGGUCAAAAACCCGACUCACUCUACGAAGACGAGAGCUGUUCGGUAUCAAAGAGUUCCAUACCAAAAAUCGAAGCAACAAACCAAAGAACAAGUUCGCCGCCAAAGAUUGAGACUCUUUCCGGGUCGAAAACAGAAUGUAAAUUGGACAAGUCGUCGUCGAGUUGUGAUUUUUCACCAUUAAAGGGUGAGAACGCAAAUAACCGGCACAGAUCGACCCCAAAAUUGGACAGCGUCCGUUCUGGCUACGACGAGUCACUCCAAAGGCGUGAAGGUACGCCGGGAAAGAAAGAAAGUUCCCAGUCUCGCAGAGACUCGCUAUCAAAAUCAGAAAGCGGUUCUUCACACAGCGGUAGACAGUUAUCGGGGAACAGUUCCGGAAAAAAUGUUUCUCGACAAAUAUCCCGGACCGAUUCCUCCGACAGUGCUGCCAACGUGCUAAACGGAAGAUCCAAAUCUUCGUCGGCUAGUUCAAUGACGAGCCUGAGUGCGAAAAUAAGAACGACACCCCCGCCGCCUUCGGGGAAGUCUAGCUCGGGAAGUACGCGUCAGAGUACUCCGGUGGACGGAGGAGCUCGGGGAAAACCACCGGUCCCGAAAAGCGACAGCGGGGGAACUGCGAAGACGUCCGCAAAGUAUAUCAACAAAGAUUUCCGUAAAUCAGCGUUGAACAUGGAAAGUGGAGAAAUGUCACGUUCCAAACUCGAACGCAAACGUCUGAAAAAACGUCGAAGUGCGUCGAUAAGUUCUCAGGACUCGCAGUCCGAGCCGAAUUCAGAGUCGAUACAUCAGGUCGCCUCAUCGGGCUCCUCAACAUCGGUUAAAUCGAACCAGUCCGGUUCCAAACUGAAGCUACCGUCGACCGUGUCGAAGGGGUUGAUUCCGAGAGUUGGUACCCCACCGCAACGUGGCAGCCCCGUAACUUCCAGUCACGAAGUAAAGAGCAACAGAAGCUUUUCGAAGUCACCAUCGAACAGAAGGAAGAAUCAGUCACGAAGCGCAACUUCCAGCUCGGAAAGUAUCACCUCCUCCAGCUCGUCAAGCAGCGAAGAGGAAGACGCGGAGCAGCGCUCCAAUUCCCGGCGAAGACGGAGAAGAGCCUCAAGCUCUCCCGUCGAUAAGCGAUGCAGAAGCAGCGUAGGUUCGUCGCGAACUAGCAUGCUGGCGUCUUCGGCCGACGAGCUAUCCUUGACCACAGACAGACCGCCACGUCCGCCGGCGAGUCCAAAGUCCCGCAGCGAGGUUUCGGUGAAGACGGAAGAGGCGAAGUCGUUUCUGAUGAGGGCACUUGCCCCUGUAACUAAUUUGUUCAAGGUGAAGCACUCCGAUUCCGGGGAGCUGAAGGCAGGCUGGCCGGCCAAUUCGACCUCGGAUGUUAACGAAGCAUCGAAAAAGAUCGGAAGUCACGGUAUAUCCCUUUCCAAGUCCAUCACUCAGUCGUUGUCAAAGAGUCUCAGCUUCACGAACUCGGAGAAGACCGAGAAGAAGCGGAAGGCCCACAAACUAACGCAUCAGGUUUCCGGGGAAAAGGCAUGGUGGAUGGAACCUAGUUCGGACAACGUGCCCGAGGGUAUUGAAAAGAUGAGCGUUCACAGUGAUGAUAUUAGCCAAGACACAACUGCCAGCAACGUACUUUCCGACGACGGUAACUUCAAACUGAAGAUCUGGCGGCAAGAUUCGAGUGACAAAGCGUGCUGGCUGGACGCGAACGAAAAUAUCCCGGAUGACCUUGGAAAAGAGUCGUCGCCAAACUCUCGAGGUAGCACCAAAUCCGAGCGGCGUAAUCGAAUAAAACACCAACAGUCGGGGGAGCGUGCAUGGUGGAUGAACGAGGACCCGGAGAGUGUUCCCGAGGGUGUCGAGGUGAUACUCCCGGCCCGUCGAACGCCGCCGCCGCGGAGCAACGAGAAUUCGAAUAAUUUCAACCAGAAAGAGACGAGCAAAAUAAGACACAUCGACUCCGGGGAAAGAGCCUGGUGGAUGGACAGCUCGGUGAAUGUGCCAGAGGGAGUUGAAACGAUACGCGUAGAUACUUCGAUCAGCGCUUCUGACUCCUCGGAAUCCCUCGAAAACGUCGAGGUUGGCCCCGUGCCACCACCGGAAGUGCAACUUAAGAGAAGUCUGUCUAGGUUUCCAAUUGAAUUUCCACCGCCUCCACCCGACGAACCACUCGGGGAUCGCGCCAGCCCCGAAGGGGUCGAAAAUCCUCCAGAUCCGCCGGACAGUUACGGUGGGCGGAAUUCUCCGUACGACAACGUGAAACCUGGGGUUGAAUCGCCCAUCAGGAGAUCGCCGCCCAGAAAGCGGCCGUCAACACUGCCGCUGUUCAUCGGCAACCACACCAACAUCGACGACCUACUCGGUGUCACCGGAAUUCCUCGACAUAGCCCGUUGACCUCCCGGAUCCACAUGAAGGAGUGCACCCAAGAAUCUUCCGAGGAGAGCUCCGAGUGUGAGGAAAUAGACGCGGAUCAGGUCAUUAUUCACGAUAGCACUCCGCAGAUCCCGGUCAUACGUCGAAGAAAUAGGGACUUGGACAGACCUCAACCGGAUGGCUACAUUCCGCUUGACGAUACGGCUCUCCAGUUAUACAAGGACGGUGACUACGGUGCCUACCUGGACCUGGAAGCUUCCAUCACCGAGCAGCAAGAGGAAUUCGAAGGUUUUCAGACCAAUCGCAAGAAUUCUAUCGUUCUGAGGACACAGCUGUCCGUACGAGUACACACGAUAAUUGAAAAAUUGCUCAACAGCGAAGGCAGAGAGCUAAGGCGGGCCUUGUUCUCUCUAAAGCAGAUCUUCCAGGAAGACAAAGAUCUUGUACACGAGUUUGUACAAAAUGACGGACUGGCCUGCCUCAUCAAGGUCGGAAAUGAAGCUGACCAAAACUACCAGAAUUACAUACUUCGCGCCCUCGGUCAGGUGAUGCUGUACGUCGACGGAAUGAACGGAGUUAUGGAACACGGACAGACGGUCCAGUGGCUUUACACGCUUAUCGCGAGUCGUUUCCGCCUGGUGGUGAAAACAGCUCUGAAACUUCUCCUGGUAUUCGUGGAAUACGUCGAGACGAACAGUCUUCUCUUGGUAAGGGCGGUGAGAUCUGUCGAUACAUCCAGGGGCAUGAUACCGUGGACGAACAUCAUGAAGCUCCUCAAGGAUUACGACGCCGCCGAUACCGAGCUACUGAUAUACGCGACAUCCCUCGUCAACAAGUGUCUGAACGGAAUACCCGACCAGGACACCUACUACGAUCAGGUCGAUUGUUUCGAGGAGCAGGGGAUCGAGGGCAUCAUUCAGAGGUACAUGUCCAAACAGGGCACCGACCUAGAUCUCCUCAGGCAGUUUCAGAUAUACGAGGCUGUACUGCAUCACGAGGACGGCGAUGACAGGGGCACGCCCAUACGUCAGCUCGACGACAAUAUCAGGAAAACUCUUCGAAACCGGAAGUCACUCGUGGAUUCGCACGAACGACGAAAGUCACGGAGGCACUCGACCGGCACUUCCCCACUCUCGAUGUCCUUGAAUGCUCGCCUAAGUCCGCGGCUUAAUCACACUUUAGGUCUCAGCUCCCUCAGCAGCACCCUAAAUUCAACUUUGCCGGAUGACGGCGACGAGUCGAGUAGCUCGCAGAGUUCUCAAGGCCUAGGAGACGUUCAGCUGAACGGCAGCUACAAGGAAAACAAGGUCGACGUCGGUGUUACUCCGGCACUGCGACGACGUCGAGAGCGUGCGGAGAGGCAACGCAGCUUCAUCAGAGAACAGCAGGAGGCGACUGCAAACAUGAGGGCGUCCAUCGGCCACUCGGAUGAUCAGGAGAGUUCUUUUCCAACCAACGGUCAUCGCUACGCGAAUGGAUCGCCAUACGACGGAAAUACCGAUUCGUCAUCGAACAAACUAUCUCGUGGCGGCAGUAGAAAAGACUUGACUCCCCUGAUGAACGCGGCCAAUAAGCUUGAUUCCGAAGAGAAAAAACCGUGGUACGGUAAGAGCCCGGACGAAGGCGUCGAGUGCGACGAGGGAAAUCACACUGAUGACGACGAGGACCGGGAUCGGCGAGUAGUUCUGCAGGUCAAAAGAGAAGGAACGGUCAAAGACCUUACCCAGAAGUUGGCUGCCCAAAACCUCAUUCCAACUAGCCCGGUCGAGGACAAAGUCUCGAGGAUAGGCGACAUGAGCGGCUUAAUAUCGAAGGCCAAGGAGGGCUUAGCGAAAUCAAAGUCCAAAGCUGACGUGCUGAAAUCACCCACCGGAGAUAAUAUUCCAAAGAUCACCGAGAUCAAAAAGUCCGAGAACGAGUUGCAUUGGGAAGAACUGGCAAGCAAGCUGUCUCGACCUUUAGCCUUGUGCGAUCUUGAUUUCACCGAUCUCAACUCCGAGGACGAGGUUGACGUUCUGAGCCCCGUUAGCGUGGUCAAUGGCGUUCCGCCCCCGCCGCCUCCCAUGGCUCCUUCUUCUAUGCCGGGACGAGCUCCACCUCCGCCACCUCCUGGCGUCCGACUACCGCCUCCACCCCUCCCCAACACGUCGCUUCCUCUAUUCGGGGUGAAUUUAAAGUCCCAGAGGUCAUCUCCGAACGGGGACUCGGCUGGCUCGCCGAGAAGUCCGGUCCUCGCUAAUAAGAAAAGCAAGAAAACGGUCAAACUGUUUUGGAAGGAAGUUAGGGACGAUCCAAUCAUACUUUCGAGGUUGGAUAAGAAUAAAAUGAUAUGGGAUGAGCUUUCUCCCGUACUCGUCGACACUCAGAAGCUGGAGCAUCUCUUCGAAAGCCGGGCAAAGGACUUGAUCACAAAGAAACAGCAAGAAAUGAACAAGAACAAGGAAAUCAUCGUUCUGGACCACAAACGAUCCAAUGCAAUAAAUAUCGGAAUGACGAAGCUGCCACCGCCGAGAUCCAUCAAGACCGCAAUUUUGAAGAUGGACGCUACAAUCAUGAACAGGGAGGGAAUUGAGAAACUAUUGACAAUGUUGCCAACCGAGGAAGAAAGAUCGAGGAUUCAAGAAGCCCAAGCUGCGAAUCCAGACCUCCCUCUGGGCUCUGCCGAACAAUUCCUUUUGACACUGGCCUCUAUCUCCGAACUUCCGGCGCGAUUGAAAUUGUGGGCUUUCAAACUCGAUUUCGAAAACUCCGAGAAGGAAAUAGCGGAUCCCUUGAUGGACCUGAAGCAAGGAAUGGAGACCUUGAAAGUGAACAAGACAUUUCGUGGAAUACUGAGCACGCUUCUCUCGAUCGGGAUAUUCCUAAAUGGAAACGAGGUAAAAGGAUUUCAACUCGAGUACCUGGCCAAAGUACCUGAAGUCAAAGACACUGUACACAAACACUCUUUGCUACAUCAUCUCUGUCACAUGGUAAUGGAAAAGUUUCCUGAUUCGACCGACUUGUACUCCGAGAUCGGUGCCGUGACGAGAGCAUCGAAAAUAGACUUCGACGAACUCUCCAGUAACAUAGGAAAGUUGGAAAACGAGUGCAAAGCAUCCUGGGAUCACCUAAAACUGAUUGCCAAACACGAUGGUUCGACCAUGAUGAAAGUGAAGAUGUCUGACUUCCUGUCUGAUUGUGCCGAGCGUAUAAUCGUUCUCGGCAUCGUACACAGGCGAAUAAUAAAUCGAUUUCACAAGUUCAUACUUUGGCUGGGUAUACCUCUCCACCGUCUCCAAGACACGAAGCCAAACGAGUUUUGUAGAAUAAUAUCCGAAUUUGCCCUCGAAUUUCGAACUACGAGGGAGAGGGUAAUACAGCAGCUGGAGAAGAAGGCCAAUCACCGGGAGAGAAAUAAAACGAGAGGAAAGAUGAUAACAGAGGUUGGCAAAUUUCGAACAAAAGAAGACAGGGAAGACGCGGAGCUAAGACAGGUCCUGGGAUGCGAUAUCUCAAAUGUCGAAACAAUUCACGGAACUCUGCCGUGGAGGAGACAGCGGAAGGAAGGUCGCACAGUCCUGGGUCCCCUCCUGAGGGACGAAUCCACGAAUGGCAAUCUGACCGACGGAGACGACGAACUUCUCGAGUCCCUCGUCAAAACUGCAACAAAGUCUCCGGCCACGAGGACAACACCGCGAGAACGAAAGCGGACACGCCACGCCGAUCGUAAGUCCCUGCGUAGAACAUUGAAGAAUGGUCUCUCCGAAGAAGAGAAGAAGCACAUCGCCGCAUACAUCAAGGGCUAUUGACUGUGAUACAUGGGAAUCGCGCGAGCCGAAGAAAUCUCGGAGUUUUUGACGGAAGUUGGAAGAAGACUGCGCCAUACUGUCUGUACUGGCGAGGGCUUGAGCAACUUCUGCGUUUUUAAUCGACGCGCGUUUUUGAGAUUUAUGUUAGUCUUAUCUCGUAAACUCCUUCUACUUUUUUUUAGGAUUAUAAUGGAUCCUAAACCUUCCUAUUAUGAAUAUCUUGCCAAACUUGCGACAGUCAAAUAUUGGCUGAAGCAUUAUUAAGUAAAUUUAUUACAUACAAAGACGAAACUUGAUGAUUUCGGUCCAAAGUAUAUAUGCAUUAUACGUUACGAGUAAAGUCGUAGUAUGAUAGAAAUUUUGGGUACUUUGCUCGCCUUAAGAAAUUAUUACAUUGUGUAUCUAAGGCAGAAAAAGGGCGAUUUCGAGUAUGAUAUUUGCCUUCCGAACGAAGCGAGGGUGGUGAUCACAAGAGUGGAAUCGUCUUCCGCCCAUCAUGUGCAUAAUUUUUUUUAUCGUAAUCCCUUUGAAAAUUCGCCUUUUCGCGCAUAAUAACCGGGUGCAAGAAAUUGCUAUUCUCAUGUACAUUUUUCAAGCCAGCCGACAUGAAAACUUGCACCCAUUAGGAGUGUGCAUGAAAAAGGGAAUUUUGUGCCGGGUUCACGUACCCAAAAAUGCGGUUUCUCAAAGGGGUUGUACAAGAAAGUAAUUCACGUAGGUAUCUAUCUAUCUACCUAUUUACCUACCUGCCUACCUGUCCAGCUAUCUAUCUAUCCCUCUAUCCCUCUAUCCGUCUAUUUGUCUACCUACCUACCUACCUACCUAUCUAUCUAUUUGUCCAACUAUGCAUCGACAUAUCUAUCAAUCUCGAUCAGUCUUGAUCCAUUUGUAUACUUGCCUAUAUUCGUAUGGAAUUUGGGCAGGUACAAUUCUCACAUUGAAAAUACGUGCAGUGUACUGCAAGUUGCGGCUGCUAGUCACGCCGAAACCCUGUCAGCGUUCCCUCACAUCCAAUGCUCACGAACAGAUUUUGGAAAAAAAUUACUACCGCAUCGACUACUUUGGGGAUUGGCGCAUGUUUGUUAUUUGUUACUACAAAUUUUGUGACUGAAAGUCUUCUUCGUGAAAAACAGAAUUUUCGAUCUAGUAACUGGUAUUACUGCAAUAAUUUCAGCAGAAAACUACGUCAUCUUUCAUUUUUCCAGAGUUUUCGUAAAUCCAACAGUAAUAUUCUUCCGUAUGUGUAUACCCGUCAUAUUUUAUUCAUUAUCAUCAUCAUCCGCUGGUCCAGAGUGAACUGAAAGAGACGAUGAAUUCCUGUCAGUUGAUACUACGAAUCAACGAGCGAUAUGCCAUUGUUGAAGUCUGUGUGUUAUCCCCGUGCUUCUAUCUUACAAGAAUCAGAACCGAGGUAUUGCAGAUCAGGUUUUUCCCACCCGAGAAAGCAACUACACAGAUUUCUUACGGUCCAAGUUAGAAAAUAGUUUAGUCAAGUACGUAUCCUUAUAUUUUCAGCGUACAACGUAACUCACAAUCAGCUAAUUUGAAGUAAAGAUAAGCAACGUUGCAUUAUUGUCUGGUUGGAUAAUUGUGUAUACAAUCGUAUUGUACUCUAGUACAACACGAAACGUUGUAGUCAUCCUUUCAAUUUCUAUUUUGAACGGCGAACUUGGACGUGUUUAAACAUGCUUCGAUGCGAAAAUUCGGCUAACCGGCAAAUACAAUGAUUGUAAUUAAUUUCUUUACCCGCUGUAUCAGUCCACUUGGAAUUCUCCACGACGCAGCAAGCUUCCUCUGGCAUUAUAUCAUGAGUUACGUAGAAUACAAAAAUCUGUCAAUAAUUAUAUUAUAAAGGCGGGGGUUUUGGUUUAGAGUUGUAAAGAAAACGUGGUGAUAAGAUUAGCUUGUGAUUCGCGAAUUGUGCCUCUCUUAUUUGUGAUCUGGAUGUAACCAUGCCAGAUAUAUAUUUAUAAUGCCGAACUCUUUCCAUAAUCUGAACAUUAAAUGUAAUCACAACGAAUGGAGUUUUCUAUUAAAAUAUAAAAACUGCUAGAAGUUCGCUAAAUUGGGAUUGGAAAGCAACGUAGGUAGUCAAAUUUUUUUUCUAUACCAUAUUUACAAUACUAUACACUAUAUUAUAUAUGUAAUAAACGAAUAUAAUUUAA